AUGACAAUCUCCUCUCCUACUCAAACCCAUCAAGUGUUCUUCAAUUACCGAGGAGAGCAACUCCGAUACAAUUUCAUUAGCCACCUCAUUGAUGCCUUUGAGCGACACAAGAUCAAGUUCAUCAUAGACAUAUACGAGCAGAGAGGCAAAGAUCUCAAAGAUCUCUUUGUAAGAAUCGAGGAGUCGAGGAUCGCGCUAGCUAUCUUCUCUACCAGGUAUGCGGAAUCAAGCUGGUGCAUGGAUGAGUUAGUGAAGAUGAAGAAACUUGCGGAUCAAGGAAAACUCAUAGUCAUUCCAAUCUUUUACAAGGUCAAGGCAAAAGACGUGAGAGGACAGGAAGGUGAGUUUGGUGACAACUUCUGGAAGCUUGCAAAGGCUUCUAGUGGAGAUCAGAUCAAGAAAUGGAAGGAAGCUUUAGAGUGUAUCUCCGACAAGAUGGGUUUGUCUUUCAGAGACAAGAGCUCUGAAGCCGAUUUUGUCAAGAAAAUUGUUAAGGAGGUUCAGAGAGUUAUAGCAGCAAUUGAAUCCGAGGACGACAAAAAUAAUUUUGUGGUAAACGGAGAAAGCUUGAGAAUUGCAAUCUCCAUUGUAUGUUUGUUUAAGCUUAAUCAUCAAAUUUUGGGACCAAGACGCGAACCAGAGGAAGUCGUUCCUGGAGAUCCUCAAGAGGCAUGGGAAACUUUCCCGCCAGAUCAUUGGGGCUUAUUCAUUUCAUAA